AAACAACUGUACGAGCAGUAUUCUACAAACAAAUAGUUAUUUGGAAAAGUACUCACACCGAUAAGGGAAGCAUUUCGAACUGGAAAAAGUGCGUGCAAAUUGAGACUAGGCUUUAUAGGAGAAAAUUGCGCCUGUGUUGGUAAUUUUCACGCAUCAGCGUGGGACAUUACAUUCUUGCGCCUCAGCAGGGGACUGAAAACGCUAAACGGAGUCGUAAAUUUGCAAACCAAGUUUCAAGCUCAACGCACACGCAGUCUAACUGUAAACGGAAAUCAGUGAUCGAUAAAUAGAAAUCCACCAAACCAACAAAGUUGCAGAUAAAUAAUUUACCACAAAAUAAUACAUACAAAAAGAACAAACUAAAAAUGGUUCAGACCGGAAUAUCGUUAAACGAACGAUUCACCCAGAUGCAAUCCAGACAGAAGCAGGAGCAACUGGCAGUCAAUGGCCGUGGACGCCGGAGCCGCUCUCAGAGCCGCAGCCGCAGGAUUGUGGACAGCAAUGUGGCAAAUCCAAUUGCAUCGGCGGCCAAUUCCCGCCUGCUGCAGGAGUUCAAACGGAAGCACACCGUGCAGACGGCCCUCAAACUGAAGCGCAGAAGCUUACGGAACACUGGCGGCGGCGUACGCGGAGCACGCGUGGGCGGCAUCAAAUCGGUGCGCCUGGCCCCCAAUGGAAAGCCCAUGCGGUCGAACAAUGUGACCCGGGUAGCAACGAUGCGUGCCGAUCUCGUCGCUAACAGCAAUCUGACACGUCGUCGCAGCGGCAGCAGCACUCGUCGCUCCGCCUCGGCAGUGGGCGGCCUUCGCCAGCGACUGGGAAACCGUCGGCCCUCUGUGGGUGGCGCCUCCGAGCGUGUUGAGCGACAUCAGCGUCAGCUGAUUAGGCAGCAGCAGCAGCAGUAUAAUCUUCAUCAGACCCGUGGACGCUCCCGCAGCCGUUCCCGUUCCCGCCUUCCCCAAGUGAGCGCUCGCAAUGAACGUUCUCGCUCGCAGAGUCGCGGACGCAGCGCCGGCUCUCAGUUAACUCGUACACGCUCUCAGAGUCGCAAUCGUGGACGCGAUCGUCGCCAGCAGUCGGGUACUAGGGCUGGACAACAAACACCCCGUGUCUCGGUCAAGCAGCGUCUGGGCGUGCGUCCAGGCCAGAGCAAGGUCGGUGCGAAGAAUAACCAGGCGAAGAAUCCGCGCCGUGCAUCGAGCAAACUACGUGGUGUGGCUGGCGGGCGGGUGGAGAAGCGUCGCAAUGCCAAUCCCCCACAGAAGGGGGUGUCCGCUUCCCUUGCCGGACGACGAGGACGUCCACGUGGAAGAUCUGCUGCUAGGGCUGCUGCUGCUGCUGGGGGAGGUGCUGCUUCGGGCUCCAAUGCAGCCUCCACACGUCGCUCGCGCUCACGCAAUCGACCUGCUGCCGCUGCUGUCACUGCUGCCGCCGCUACCCCGGGAAGGGCCAACAAAACACGCAACCGCCGUGGCCGCAGCGCUGGCGCUGCUAAAGGUUCCGGUGCCAAGGGGGCCGCCGCCAACAAAAAUGGUAACAGAAACAAUAGCAAAAGCAAUGCCAGCAAGGGCAAGACCAACAAGGGCCGCGCAGGAGGUGGAGGUGGCAAACCAGGGCCACAGCAGGAACAGGCUCGUCGGGGACGCAGUCGUACUCGUACUGGUCGUCAGGCUGCAGGCAAAGGCAAAGGCGGUCCACGUGAAGAGGUCAAACGCGAGGAUCUGGACAAGGAGCUGGAUCAGUACAUGUCCACCACCAAAUCGGAAAUGGACUAUUUGCUAAAGUAAACUCGACUCGUCGUUCGACCAAAGAAGUAGGAGGAAGGAUCAAAGGAUUAAUGAAGAAAGUAACCAAGCAACCACCGGCUUAAACAGUUUAUGUUUCUCUUAGUUUAAUAAGAUACCAAAUAGUUUAUAAUUAUCUCUAAUCAGAUGUACUAAAAAAGAGUCGCGAGAAGCACGCAGACAUUUAUGUUCUCUAAAGGAAAGCUAAUUUUUGUAAGUUAUUCAUGUAAAUAUAUGACAGCAUACUGUAAGUUAA